AGUGUCUUCUGCGCAUGCGCCGCCUCUAGAGGAGAGCUGUCUGAGGUCGAACUGGAGGAUUUCUUCAGUCUUUAGCAGAAUAAAGCAACAAAAUGCCGACAGAUUAUGAUAAAGGAGCUUAUCCGGAGCCUCCUCGGCAGACUCCGGUUGAGGACAAACAGACAGCUCUACCAAACCCAGCUCUGAUCGUGUCUAAACUCUUCUAUUACUCCGUGGACCUGCCGGUCUCCACAUUCAGAGGUGUUGUUGACAGUAUUCGGUCUAACAACAAGGCGGUGUACUACCACCAGAAGUUCCGCCGUGUUCCUGACCUGACGGAGUGCCAGGAGGGAGAUUACCUCUGCUACUAUGAGGCUGAGAUGCAGUGGAGGAGAGACUACAAAGUGGACCAGGAGAUUGUGAAGGUGGUCCAGGAGCGUAUGAGGGCCUGCCAGACGAGAGAGGGACACAGCUACCUGUUGAACUGUGCUAACGAAAUACAGCAGUUCAACGAGGUGACCAAGAACUUCCAGUCACGCUAUGGAGACCUGGGAGCGUACGCCAGCGGGAGGAAAUGUCUAAUGAAGCAAAAAGAACGGAUGAUGGCUGCUCAGGCCCAGACAGCUUAAGAACAGCUCCCUAACUAUCUGUCCUGUGUAAUAAUUGUAAAAUAAAAUGUUAUAAGAUAAGUCA